AUGCCAUUUAGGGCAGCUAAAAAAGUAGUUACAUCUGUUACAUCCGUUGGGACGGGCCUUUUGCCUUCCAAGGAACAGCUCGGAUCCAUUCCCGUAGCUGGUCGGAUCCUCACACAUCCAGUGAUGGAUUCAACUCUAACAUAUAUUGCCUCCAAGACAGGAGGCAGCAAGGGUUCAGGGAGCAAGGCUGUCACACCAGAGGAUGUUCAUUACCGUAAACUAAACAAAAAGCUGGUUGAUCAAUCAACUACUUUGUCAAUGUUGGCUAUGGAAAGAGAAGAGCAGUCAAAAACUAUUGAUGAUGAAGCUGGUGAUGAUGCGUUCGAGCUCUAUCUAGCCGCCAUUAUGACUUUGAUGCACGCUCUACCAUUUGAAACGUGCGACCCUCUACGUCGAGAGGCCUUCAUAUCUCAGUUGAAAAGCUUUUUAAAAGAGAAUGAAUUGGUUUGUACCGAUGAGGAUGUCGAUACCAAGUUGCUUCGUCGUCGUAGACGCAGACGUCAUCGCGAGCACCGUGGCCAAGCAACAUCCUUGAUCCAUCAACACUCACUUGGUCAAUCCAACAGUCCCCAUACUCUUCAUACUCCACAGCAAAUGCCUGAUAAAAUCAAAAAACAACAGCGCGAUAAACCAGAUCCUCAUAGUGGUCACAGCACAAAACGAAGAAAGAAAAGAAAUAAUGAUAAUCCAUCCAAGUCAACAUUAAGUGAGACCAUUGUUUCCACAGCAGUUGAGUCAGCGAUACGAUUGAAGCAAUCUCCUAUCCCGGACGCGAUCAAGACUUGUAUCCAUGCCUCGCGAAUAAUACUUUCUAAAGUGGAUGAAAAGUUUCGUCUACAGGAAAAGGCAUGGAGGCUGUCAAAACAUUCAAUUGAGAAGGUGAUCGAAUUGGAUGAACAGUAUGCGAUCCAUGAGAUCGUGACAGAGACUUUGUUUGCUACAUUGACAGGCCUUGUCAAAGCAGGCAUUGCAUAUAAGGAGACUCCAAGCUAUUCUACUGUCAAGGCAUUGACACAGCAACAAAUACAGCAAAAGCAGCAACAACAGAAGCACAAUCUAGCUCAAGGAGCGCCUUCUGUGCCAUCAGAGACUGGGCGGUCGUAUAAUCCUCAAGCAAUUUUAAAUAAGAAACCCUACAUACUGUCAUUGUCUCCAUCAUCCUCAAUGCGAAGACAUUCCAUUAUCGCAGAAGAGGAUGAAGGAAACUUAUUAAUGAGUAUGAAUCGAGGCGGCUCAGAUACAUCCUCAUCGUCAUGCUUCACCAGUUCUGGAGAUGAGGAUGACGAAGAAGGAGAAGGAGAAGAGGAUAGUGAUGAUAAUGUCAAUGAAAAUGAUGAUAAUGAGAUAUUUGAGAAUAGAUCGACAAGGGGUCAGAACUUGUUCGCCACAGCAUCUUCAGCUCUUCCUCCAGAAUACCAAGAGCAAGCAAAGCAAAAGAUUAACAUGUUCAUGGCCCUUAAAGGUGCCACAUCACUCCUUCUUGGUCGUUCAGUAACAUCAGGUGCACAAUAA